GUCACUUAAUACGAUUCCAUUAAACUAAUUUACCGUAUAAUAAAUUGCAAAACUGAAUUGAACUGAGCGUAAUAUCUUGAGCAGGUGUAAAAAUAGAUAAAGGCAGCAAUUCAGCAAAAUCAUGAGUGUUGUACGACACUUUGUGCUACUGUCACAAUUGCCGAGACUUGGUCCAAAUUACUACUGGCUAAAAGGAGUCUGUUGCGCCAGUGUCGUUAGUCAGAUCAGGAGUCCCAAUGGCGCGGUGACCUCAACACGUUGCCUACACAAUCACACAGAUGGCAGCAAGGAUCCCUUCCGCACAACAACCGUCACAGCUACCGCGGCGUCGUCAGGCAACGGCAGCACCACCAGCGGCAGCACCACAUCGGGCACAGGCGCCAGCAGUGGCGGCUCGAUGGGUGGUGUCGGCGGUGGUGGUGGUGGCGCCUCGACCACAGGUAGCGGCGGUGAACCGCCCAAUGACAAGAAUAUACUCUCCUGUCCGAAAUGUGGUAAUCCAUGCACACAGGUGGAGACAUUCGUCAGUUCGACACGUUUCGUGAAGUGUGCUAAAUGCAAUCAUUUCUUUGUUGUGCUUUCCGAAGUCGACACGAAGAAAAAUGCAAAGGAGGAGCCGAAAAAUUAUCGCAAGCCACCGCCGCCGCCACAGAAGAUUAUGGAGUACUUGGAUCGUCAUGUGGUCGGACAGGACUUUGCGAAGAAAGUGCUUUCCGUCGCCGUCUACAAUCACUACAAACGCAUACAUCAUAAUUUGCCACAAGUGCAGACCCAAACAAAUGUACAGUCCAACGAUGCAAUGGGCCGCACCGAUUUACUGCACAUCUCCGGCAUUGGACACACAAUAGGCAACACAUCGGGCACCGAAUUGCCGCCGAAAGGACACUUGACCGGUGCUGGCAAUAAUGGUGGCGCACAUCAUGCGCAUUCGGAAAGUGGUUCGGAAAUAUUGGAUAAGCAAAAUUACGAAGUGAAGUUGGAGAAGAGUAAUAUUUUGAUGUUGGGGCCAACCGGUUCGGGUAAAACUCUGAUUGCGCAAACAAUUGCGCGGUGUCUCGAUGUACCGUUUGCAAUCUGCGAUUGCACCACACUCACACAAGCCGGCUACGUGGGCGAGGAUAUCGAAAGUGUUAUUUCAAAGUUGCUACAAGACGCUAACUACAAUGUUGAGCGCGCACAAACCGGCAUUGUGUUCUUGGAUGAAGUUGAUAAAAUCGGCGCCGUGCCCGGUAUACAUCAGUUGCGCGACGUGGGCGGUGAGGGUGUGCAACAAGGCAUGCUGAAAAUGUUGGAAGGCACCAUCGUUAAUGUGCCCGAACGUAAUUCACCACGUAAAUUGCGUGGCGAGACUGUACAAGUGGACACGACGAAUAUACUUUUUGUGGCGUCCGGCGCUUAUACGGGACUUGAUCGUCUGAUUGCAAGGCGGCUCAAUGAAAAGUAUUUGGGUUUCGGCAUACCGUCAACAAAUUCGUCCGGCCGUCGUGCCGCACAAUCGACUGCUUCUCCGAUGGAUAGUGAUCAGGAGGAACGUGACAAAAGCCUGAAAAAAGUUCAAGCUAGAGAUCUCGUCGAAUUCGGCAUGAUACCUGAAUUUGUUGGCCGCUUCCCCGUCAUUGUGCCCUUCCACAGUCUCAAUGUGAGUAUGCUGGUGAGAAUUCUAACCGAGCCCAAGAAUGCCUUAAUACCGCAAUACAAGGCGCUCAUCGGCAUGGAUAAGGUCGAUUUGACGUUCGAACGUGAUGCCAUCGAGUCAAUAGCCGCGAUGGCAAUGGAACGUCAUACCGGUGCACGUGGUCUGCGUUCGAUUAUGGAACAAUUGCUGCUUGAUCCUAUGUUUUUGGUGCCCGGUUCCGACAUCACUGGUGUGCAUAUCACCGCCGAUUACGUGAAGGGCGAAGCACAACCCGUGUAUGUACGCAAAGAAAAUGGCGAUGACGGUACCGCGGAUGAGAAUGAUAGUGAGGGUAAAAACUAUGAGGACAGCGAAAGCGCCAAAGUACGCAUCACGCAAUAAAUUGACGCUGUACAUGUCGAAAAUGUUGCGGCAACAUGUUGCUAACGAAGCAGUAGUGCUUGAGUGUUUUUCAUUAAAUGUAAACAAAAGAAAAACAAAAAUUGUUUGUAUGUCGGCUUUUACGCGAGGCAAUCUCAUCAAAACAAAAGCAAAAAAAAUAAAAAUAAAAAAACGGGCGAAAUGUGUUUGCGGUUGCGUUGUGGCGUUGCGUUGCUCCUCCCUUUUACAACAAUUACAACCUACACAACUUGUACAAGUACACGCCGUACUUUAUGUUACUAUAUUUUCGAACAGCUAAUACGAAAACAAAACAGCAUAUCUUUAAGAAAUAUUUAAAGGCAAAGAAAAAAAAACAAAAACAAAAAGAAUGAGAAAAUGUUAGUUUAGCUAUUGAAAUUACCACAGCAAACAAUAAUCAAUUAAUUUCAAUAUAUAUUAUUAUUACUAUUAUUAUCAUUAAAUGAGCACUACUUAUGUAUAUUUUUAGUCUAUAUUUUGCAAUAAACGCAAAUAAGAAAAGUUAA